GGGUGAACUCUGACCCGGAAGCACUUGAACAGCAUCGGCAGCAAACGAAGAAGAAGAUGUGUCGUUAGCCACAUUCUGUUAGCUGCUAGCCAGGUCGGGGAAGUUGCAAUAUUGUCGUUGACAGCGGGAUCUGGACGAAGCGAUGCGGGUUGUCGGUUGUUUGAAUCUGCGCCGUUGACUGCGUCGGGGACCUUUCUUCGUUUUAACGCAUUUGAGUGGCCUGUUAUUUACCGAAGCUAGUUAGCUUAGCAUUGCUAACGAGGCCAUAGAGGAGGCUGCAUCGUCUUGUGUUGUUGUCAACGACGUGGAUGUUUUUUUUAAGCAAAGCGGAACUAAUAAAACUAACAGCCGUCAUCCGGGGAAUGUGACUCCACUCGACCACAACAAAUACAAGUGUGUGUGUGUGUGUUAAAAAGGGGGCAGAGGUUGUGUUUGAUGCUGUAGCUUAGCAAGGAGAUUAGCCGAGGAGAUAAAAAAAAAAAAAGUGCAGCCAUGGACGACUUCAGCUCGAUCAGCCUGCUGUCGCUGGCGAUGCUGGUGGGAUGCUACGUGGCCGGGACGAUUCCUCUGGCAGUCAACUUCUCAGAGGAAAAGCUGAAGCUGAUCACGGUGCUGGGGGCAGGGCUGCUCUGUGGCACCGCGCUGGCUGUCAUCAUCCCUGAAGGAGUCCACGCACUUUACGAGGAGAUCCUGGAAGGUGGACACCACAAUCACGAGCAGGUCGGGGUUGUGGAGGCGUCCCAGUCCAAGGUGGAAGUGGACGGCGUCCUCAGCGCCGGCGAGAAACACGAACACAGUCACGAGCAGCUUCACGCCUGCAUCGGCGUGUCUCUGGUCCUGGGCUUCGUCUUCAUGCUGCUGGUGGACCAGAUAGGCAGUUCUCAUGUCCACAGCACUGAAGAUCCAGAGUCGGCAAGAGUCAACUCAAAGAUCACCACCACACUGGGUCUUGUGGUCCACGCUGCAGCGGACGGAGUCGCACUCGGAGCUGCUGCCUCCACGUCUCAGACCAGCGUUCAGCUCAUUGUUUUCGUGGCCAUCAUGCUGCAUAAGGCCCCGGCGGCGUUCGGCCUGGUGUCUUUCCUGAUGCACGCCGGUCUUGAGAGGAACCGCAUCCGCAAGCAUCUGCUGGUCUUCGCCCUGGCCGCGCCUGUCCUCGCCAUGCUCACCUUUUUAGGCCUCAGUCAGAGCAGCAAAGAGGCCCUGUCGAACAUCAACGCCACCGGCGUCGCCAUGCUCUUCUCCGCCGGCACCUUCCUGUACGUGGCCACCGUCCACGUCCUGCCCGAGGUGGGGGGCGGCGGCGGCCACAGCCACGCUCCGCCCGUGGGAGGGAACGGCGGCAAGGGACUGAGCAAAGUGGAGGUGUGCGCUCUGGUGCUGGGCUGCCUCAUUCCUCUGGUGCUGUCCGUCGGCCACCACCAUUAGAACCCCGUCCCCCGGCUGGGCUCGGGUCGGAUACGGGACGUUUGUACAAGGGGGGAGAGAAGCCGAUGACACGGAGACUUCAAACGUUGUGGAUUUAAAAUGUCUUUUUUUGCUCGUGGACCGGACCAGCACACGUUUCGUGGGGAGUGUCUUAAGACUGAAAAAACUGAAUGAAUGAUGAAUUGUUGCAAUGAAAACUUACGGCUCACAACAAUGUUGUUUUCUCCCGACGCCGACGAUCAUGGCACGGCAACUGUAAGUGUCCAUUUUACGCCACGAGCUCUGUCGGUCCCUUUUUUUCCGAGCGGUUUUACCGGGCCGGUUUGUUUCGGUCACUGAGGAGUCUGUCGGCGUUGCGUUCUCGUGCUUUUCCUUUUCCAACCCUGAUUUCAACACUGUGACAUUUUGCGCGGCGGCUUGUUGCACAGUGAGAUUUAGACGCUUGUGAUGUCGAGAAAGCAAACUUUUCUUUUCUUUUUUAAAAUAUAUGUAUAAAUGUACAGCUCCGACCAUUUGAACCGAUUUUUCAAGUGCCAUAUUAGCGAGUUUGGAAUAGACCCCCCGCCCCCCCGAUGACGCGGCGCUGUGAAGGACGUUACAGUUUGUAAAAGCUGUUUCUUGGCCCUGAUGGGAAGCUGAGUCAUGGCGGAUAAUGAUUGUAUGUGUUUUCUAUAAAUCAACAGGUUUAGAUGAA